AUGCCAAACCAAAUAAGUUUAGCAUUUAAAGACCAAUGCUGUAAAUCAACGGUGCAAUUGCACACCUCGGCUGAAAAUGAUGUCCAUGAAGUCGUACGCCAACACUACGCCAAAGUAGUGACCAGCGAUAAGACUGUAUCAGGUGAUCGUUGCGGAGCCAAUGGAUCCUGUUUUGCUGCCAAUGUUGAUGCAAAUUAUGCCAAAAAAUUAGGCUAUACUAAGGAACAGUUGGCCGAUAUACCUAACGGUGCAAAUCUGGGUUUAGGAUGCGGUAAUCCAAGUCAAAUGGCAAAUAUCAAAGCAGGACAUACGGUAUUGGAUAUGGGUUCGGGUGCCGGUUUCGACUCUUUUAUUGUAGCUCGUGUUGUAGGACCAACUGGUCAAGUGAUUGGUAUCGAUAUGAUACAAGAAAUGGUAGACAAAGCACAAGCAAAUGCCUUAAAAAGUGGUCACCAAAAUGUAGAGUUCCGUUUGGGUCAGAUUGAGGACAUGCCGGUCGACACAGAAACGAUUGAUGUGAUUAUAUCAAACUGUGUGAUCAAUUUGGUGCCAAAUAAAGCCAAAGCGUUUACCGAAGCAUAUCGUGUGUUGCGACCUAACGGUCGACUCGCUAUUUCGGAUCUCGUGACCACUACUGACAUUCCCGAUAAUGUUCGUCGAGAUCUGGCUCUAUGGGCCGGAUGUUUGGCCGGUGCGUCACUAAUCAGUGAUCUGGAGAAACAUCUUAAAAGUGCCGGUUUUGUGGACAUUAAAAUAGCGCCUAAAGAUGAGAGCCGACAGUUCAUUAAAGAUUGGGCGCCGGGUUUGGGACUCGAAGACUAUGUCAUAUCUGCUAAUAUUACAGCGAGAAAACCAUAA